AUGCGCGCGCCCGGUCCCGCGCCUCCCCUGGGCGUCCGGAGCGCCAGCUUCCAACAUGGCCGCCGAGGGGCUUCCGCUUCCGCCGCCUCGCGCCAGGGGAGCCAAUCGGCGUCGUGGGCGCCGGAUUCGAAGCUGGCCGCGGGCAACGGUCGUCGGCUGAGGGGAGACGCGGCGCGAGUGGGGGCCGCUGGGUCGGGGGGUGAGUCGGGGCCCCCAGGCGGGAGGGCGAAGGCGGCCUGAGGGAAGCGGCGGCGGCCCAGCUCCUCCUCAGAGUAGACCCCUCGAGUCCCGCCGAGCUCGGGGCCGAGCCGAAGGCCGCGGAGGGAAGAGGGGGUCGGGGGAAGGAAGGAAGGAAGGAACGGGAGCGGGGAAUGAAAGAAAACUGACAGGCCUCUUGGUCCCUCAGAAGUCAGGCGGGGUAUAAAUAAUAACAUCAUCAUCAUUACUAUUAUUACAUUAUUAUUAUUAUUGUUGUUGUUGUUGUUGUUAUCAUUAUUAUCAUUAUCAUUAUUAUUAUUAUUAUUGGUUCCUUCCCUGUGGAACAAACUGCCAUCCUUAGCAGUCAUCAGCAGUUAUAAUAAUAAUAAAUACAGUGGUACCUCGGGUUACAGACGCUUCAGGUUACAGACUCUGCUAAGCCAGAAAUAGUACCUCAGGUCAAGAACUUUGCUUCAGGAUGAGAACAGAAAUCGCGUGGCCCCAUUAGCUAAAGUGGUGCUUCAGGUUAAGAACAGUUUCAGGUUAAGAACGGACCUCCGGAACGAAUUAAGUACUUAACCCGAGGUACCACUGUAAUAAAAAAUAUAUAUUUAUACCCCGCCCUUCCCGGUUUAAAAACCGGGCUCAGGGCUGCUAACAGCAAAUAUGAAACAUUGAUUAAAAUGCGACUUAAAAACAGCAUAAAAUGCAGCAUCAAUAUCAAUCAAAUUCAAAAAUUCAGGGGUCAUUUUGGGGAGGGGGAAAAAAAAACCCCAGUCAGUAGACAUCAAUUGAUCACCAGGGCUAACUGGCCAAGCUGGUCCUACUAGGGCCAGCAAGGUUGCAGCGACCUCUGCUUCAGAGUAUCUCAUGAAGUGUGUAUACACACGAAAGCUCAUACCUAGAAAGCUUAUACGUACUUUGUUGGUCUUUAAGGUGCUACUGGAUUUUUUUAUUUAUUUUUUAAAUGGGGGAAAGAUUAUUUUAUUUAUAUUAUUUGUCGUAAGACAAAAAGACUUGAUUCUCUUGGUGCUGCAUUCAGAAGCACUUCGAUAGUGGACAUACUGGGGGGAUAACAGCCUAUCAUGAUGGGACAGUCAUUUUCAUUAGGACCAAAACAAGUGUGCAAUGCUUGGUGUACCUACACAUUUUGAUACAAUUUCUUUGCACUGAAUGUGAGGGACUUUAAAAUAAUUGCAUGAUAUAUUGAAAUAUAACUGACAGUAAAAGGUAAAGGUACCCCUGCCCGUACGGGCCAGUCGUGUCCGACUCUAGGGUUGUUCGCCCAUCUCACUUAAGAGGCCGGGGGCCAGCGCUGUCCGGAGACACUUCCGGGUCACGUGGCCAGCGUGGGACCGAAAGACGGGAGCUCACCCCGCCGCGGGGAUUCGAACCGCCGACCAUGCGAUCGGCAAGCCCUAGGCGCUGAGGUUUUACCCACAGCGCCACCCGCGUCCCAUAACUGAUAGUAGCCAUUGGUUUUUCAUUGUCACCAAGCUCAUGUUGCCUGAUAGCUAUGAUAGAAACCAUGUUACUCUUUCUUGUGUGACCAUCAAUAAAAACAAAAACAAUUAUGCUUCCUUUGCAGGUAGGAUGCGAAGAAAAAGUAGACACACUCAAAUCCUCUUUUUUACAUAAUUAAAAAAGACUCAUAAACAGGCCUUAAUGAAUUUGCUUUUGAUGCAAUACCUGUUUUAUUGAGAUGAUUGGAAUCCUUUGAUCUUUUAAAGGUACGGCCAUGUCCCCACUUCCUUCUCCUAGAAGAAGAGAAAUGUCUUUGAAAGGUGUUCUCCUAAGCAACAUCCCUGGAGGUACGCCGUUAAAGGAUUUUGGGAAAUUUCAAGCGGAUUGCAUUCCUGCUUCAGCAAUGAAGAAAGCUACUUGGCCUUCAGGGGUUCCUGCUGGCCAAAAUCUUUGCUUGGAAAAAGGUGGCAAAAUAGGAAACGUUUUCCAGUCCACUUUAAUAGCUGGUGGUACUCAUGCUAAAGAAUUGCUUGACCUCAGCGAGAUAAAGCCAGUUUCUGAAGGAGAACUGAAACCGCUUGCCUCUUGUCCGAAACCGGAAGCUGUGCCACCGACAGGGAAUGCGGCCCUGAAACGUAAAGCUUGCAGGCAAUUAUCCCUGGAGUCUCCAGCAAAAGUCUUCGCAAGAAUGAAGACCAGGGCAGCUCUUGCUAAACAGCAGAAGUUGUCACAAGAAAAGAAAUUGUUAAAUGUAGACAUUUCCACAGAUUAUAUCCUCACUCCUGAAAGGCAUCUUGCCCCUUUGGGAAGACAAGGCAAAAAAUCCACGGCUGAAGAUGAUAAGCCAAAGGAGAGGCUGGCUGAGGAGCCCCUUGGAAAGGCCAGGGAAGAGCAAGGUUUGCUUUUAUCAUUUCUUCUUAGAAAAUGCUGCUUAACAGAAGCUUCAUGUUUAGAUGUUUGGGGUGUAGUUGCAAACAUGAGCCUUCACCUCUUACCAAUGGGCUCCUAGCAAACCUCCUGUUUCCAUUUUGUUUGUUACCUUUAACCUUUGGCUCCUUUCCCCCUACUGUACUAUACUUCUUGCUCAUUAUGUUCUUCACUCCAGUCACAGUCCUGUUGUGCAUGCAAUCAUCUGCUGUAACACAGGCUUGAAUAAUUUUAUCUCCCACCACCAACUCUGCAGAAAGGUCUGCCCUUGGGGAAGGGCUGUAGCUCAGUGGCAGAAAGUCUGACUUCGUUUAAGGCACCUAUGGAGGCUGUGGGCAACUAUUCAAGCAAAGACAGCUUGCCAACAGUACAACUGACUUUUCUCUGUGGGUGCUGGGGGGAGUAGCUUGGUCAGCUAACUCAAAAUAAAUAGAAGUUGUAAACCAGUGUUUUUCAGCUAGGUUCUAGGUAGCUCUGGGAUCCCUCCAAAACGUAUCUGAGUUUCCUCAGUGAGAGUAGUUUCCCACUGCUUGAGGUUAUAUGUUGUUGUGCAAAUUUAAAUAGAGAGCCUUGUGGAAUGCACAUUAUUUCUAACACAUAAUCCAGAGGCUACUGAUAUACCUUUGUUAAAAUCCUUCUCUUGUCUUUCCCAUUUCAGUGCCCAGCCAUAUUGCAAAGAACAAAAAUGUUUGUUCUUCAGUAAUGAGCCCUCUAGUUUUGGAAUCCCCUCACAAAUUUUUCUCACGUGUAAAGCAGAAGCUGCAGCAGAAACCAUUGGAAAAAGGUACUUCUCCACAGAAAUCAUGUCAGGCUGUAUGUUUGUCCCGGGGAUGCUUACUCUUUCAGUCUGCAACAGAAACAUCUGGGGUACACUGAAGGAAGGAAGCACUUUGCAGUUGCAUGAAAACUGCUGACCAGAGUCAUUCUUUGACGCCUUUAAGAUUCAGUUUGUGAAGCAUUACAAUGAAAGAUUGCUCUAGUUAUCCUCCCAUCAAGCUUCAAAAGGUACCAUGUAGUCGGCACUCGAAUAUAAUUUGGCAGUUGUUUAAGGUCUCUGAUAUUUAAAAUGGCAAUAAUCAAAGCUUCCUAACCUGAUUGCAUGACUCAUUGGUGGAGCAAAAGGGUUGACAGUUAUCUAAGCCAGCUGACAUCACAAAUAACGAAAUGCCAAGUGGUUGGCGUCGUGCUUUAAUUCCAUCACUGGUUCCAUUCACCUGUCUUGACACCUCCACAGCCCCUAAUUCUGAUGGAAUAGAGGGGUGUUUUCUAGUUUUACGUGGGGAAGAUAAUGUUACUAUUUUUAUUGUGUACUUUUUAUAAAAAGUAUAAAAAUAUAUUGUUGGAAGCUGCUGGAGCUCUGAAUGCCAAGAGGUUGGAUUUUUUAAAAGUUUAAGUAGUAAAUUCCUUGAGGUGCUGGGGAUUGAAUCUGGAAUUUGUAAAGUGUGUCCUCUACCAGCAGGUUUUAGCCCUUUUAUGAUGAGAUGUUCAAGAGAAGCCUGUAUAUGCCUACAGUGUGGUCCAUUUGGAGAGAGACUUGUACUGAUUAAAGCAAAUAGCAUAACGAUAGCAGACAAAAUUGUGGCUGUGUGAAUGUGCUAAUGAACACUGAAAUGUCAGAUAACAAUAGAGUUGUUCUUGUGUUCUGUGUAGUAGAUGCUUCAUCUUACCAAACCAAGCAAAAUGUCCCUCCUUCACCAGCAGUGAAGCAACCUUUAACUGUAUCCAGUUCACCCAAAAAACUAAAUAAUCUUAAUGAAGAUUGUCUAAACACACCUGCCAGUGAGGAUGAUGAAUUUAUUGUGGAACCGGUUGAAUUGGACAAUGAAACUUUUAGCAUGGGAGUGAAUGUUAUAGACAUGAGCUUUGAUCUUGUUAAGCCUGGGGAAACCUUGGAAGAAAUGGAACCUGGAAGACUUCCUGAAGAAGGAAGAACAUCACAUCAGUCCAGUCAGAAACCUGCCCCAAGAGGGCAGCAGGAGUUGAAGGCUGGGCCUCAGACGCUUCCCCAACGUUUGUGCGAUAUUAUUUUUGCUACUCCAAAAGUCCAAAUACCAAGGAAGCAAAAACAAGUGGGGGCAAAUUCAAGCAGUGAUGACACAAACGAGGAGGUAGGAGGUUGUCUCUUAUUCACAAUCAACAGCAUUUUUGGUGGUGGUUUCAUUUCAGGUGCUCUUAAUGAGAAGGGGGAGGUCUGAAUGGCUCAGUAAGCACCCUGCUUAAUUUAAUUAUGUGCAUGGUUAAUCAGUGAUGACAGCAAAGCUGCCAAAUUGAGUGUACAUGAAAUGCAUAAUGUUUUCUAUAAAACGAAACUAUAGCUCUGUAGACACUUUCACAUUUAAAUGUUGUGAAAUUGAUAAACAAGAAGUAACAUAAUUUUAUUAUUUAUUUAUUUAUUUAUUUAUUUAUUCAAUAAUGCAUCGCCCUAUACCCGGAGGUCUCAGGGCGGUUCACAAUCAAGACCACAAUAUAUAAAAUCAAACCAAAAACAAUAACCCAACUCAAAAAAAUCCCCCAAAGAGCCACAAUCUAAAAGGGCGUUGGUGAAUCUCUGGGAAAUUUAUUUUGAAUAGAUCUGUUUUUCUGUGAAUGACUUGUUCAGUGAUGAUUUAUAAAUUUCUGUAAUACAGGAAGCCUACAACUUACAUGUAUUUAACUUGUGGACAUUCAGCUUUUUGUGUGUGGCAAUAAAAAAAAACUCAUUAAAAGGGAUGGGAAGGGGGUGGGUUUCCAAGAAAAAUGACUCUGGCAGUCUCACCCUCCAAUAAACCCAGUGGGUUUAGACUACAUGCGAUUUUGACUUUAGCAGUGGCCCCUGGGAUGUAACCUCUGCUUAUUUUGCAGGCUUACUGUACAGUAAUAGAUUCCCUGUUCAUUUCAGUGCUACUUUUAUCAAGGGAGCUCACGGGUGAUAAUCAUACAGUUGGAAGGGACCCGAGGGUCAUCUAGUCCAACCCCCUGCAAUGCAGGAAUCUUUUGCCCAAGUUCAUUCUAGUACCAGAAGCCAGACACUUUUGCAUGCACAUGAGAUGUAGGAUGAUGCAGGUGCUCAUGCACUCUGGCCUCUAAAUGCGACAUACUGGCCCAAACCGCGUACGCUUGACGCUACAAAGCCAGAGGGUUAUAAUCAAUGAAGUCAUCCCAUUAGGGUAAUAACUUUUGCUUGUGCAGUGGAACUUUCCCUCCCUCGCCUCUUCCUGUGCCCCUCUUUUUGCUCUGGAGGGCUGGGGCAACCCCUGAACAAGGAAGGCAGAAGAAGUUCCCUUGCACAAGUGGAGGUCUUUGAGCUAACAUGGGAUGAUGAUGAUGAUGAUGAUAAUAAUAAUAAUAAUAAUAAAAAAAUUAUUUCCCCAGCCACUCUGGGCGGCUUCCAACUGAAUAUUAAAAACAGUACAGCAUCAGACAUUAAAAACUUCCCUAAAGCGGGCUGCCUUCAGUUGUCUUUUAAAAGUAAAAUAGUUUAUUGCUUUGACAUCUGCUGGGAGGGCGUUCCACAGGGCAGGCGCCACUACCGAGAAGGCCCUCUGCCUGGUUCCCUGUAACCUUACUUCUCGCAAUGAGGGAACCGCCAGAAGGCCCUCGGCGCUGGAUACAGUUCUUUGCAUCUGAGGCAAAGCCUUGUUGGCACUGAAAUGCCAAUGUCGUAUUUAAAUACCAGGGCAUGAAGGGAGCAUGUGACUAGGCCGCUACUGUUUUCCCAAUGGUGUGCUUAAAUUCCAGCUUUCGGUUUAUCGAUCUCUGUAGAAAUAAUUGUGGCCCUUAACGGUUUCCCUAACUUUGUAAAGGAACAACAGAUGGUCUGCCUCAAUGGAUGGAGAAUCAAGGUGAUCAAUAACAAUACCGCUGUGUGCCUGGAAGGAAAACGGAGGCAAGCAACUUCAGUUCUCAGCUAUGUUCAGAUGUAUUUUGUUUGUGUAGCGCUAGAAUCUGCUUCUCGAUUGCAUUGGGUGGCCCCAAGGACUAGUAACAGGAAGAAGGUGGAGGGUGUGAGUGGCUGCUGCUUUUGUCUGUAAUGUCAGAGCCAGCAGCUGAGUCCUGGCUGCAGGUGGGAAGGGGGGUCCUGCUAGAUGCAGCAUUGGCUCUGAAGGCUCGGGGGCUGGGAGUACCUCUUUCUAGUUCUGGAUGGUUUGACAGCUGGGGGGCCCUUUUGGAGAGAGAUGACUUGGCCCCUGUCCUCAAAAACGGAAUAAACCAUAUGAGCUCAGCAACCUUGAAGCAAAGGAAAAAUAAUCCAGACAGAAUUAUUGCAGCAUUGCAGACUGGCUUUGGAUACAAGCUGAAUUCCCUUCUAAGAGAAUAUGGUUAUAUACGUAUCUCUCUCCUGUACAUCUGUUCACUAGAAUUUACCAACUCUGGCUUCCCAGUCUAUCUACCCUGAAUUCUGCCUACAGUCUUGCAUGCCAAUUAGAUAAAAAGCCCAGUAGCUAAUGAAGGCCUUGAUUCACUUUUGUGACUUGGGGUGCUUUUCAUUUUUCCCUUAGGUUCUCCGUUAGCUAACCACGGAGCACUUGUUUGUUAUGUCCUCUCCCUUUGGUUUCAGGGAUAUGAACGGCGUUAACUGGCAUAGCAAUGCCAUUGUGGAACGAAUGGCACCCAACAAAGUUAGAACUUCAUCUGGAAACGUCUACAAGUUAGAAGGGUGCGUUGACGCAAGCACCAUGAAGAAAGAAGGUAUGAUAACUUGACUGAGAAAGAAGAGGGCAGGCUGGGAUUCAUAUAGGCUUCCUCGGGGGGGGGGGGGGGGACUUCACCCUCUGUUCUCUCCAGGGAUGCUGAGCUUUCUUCAGCAUGUGGACUGGACCUCCAAUCUCUGCUGCCACAGGUUCAGCUGGCCUAUUUCGAUGCCAAAUUGCUGCAGUCUGCCAGGCUUUCAGGUCUUGGGUGACACACAAUGUGACUUUACCUUCCUCCCUUGAGGGUGGUAGGAGCUGGGCUGUUACACUGGUGGGAAGCCGGCAGAAUGCCAAUUCCCCUCUUGUCCUGGGCCACAGGGGGUCUCAUGUGGUGUGCAUAAGCCAAUUACAUUGAAAGGUACACACCUCUAAUGGUGCUGUACCACAAAAUACUAAUCUGAGUUUCACAACAGCUUAAACUUACUCCACUCUCAAAACUGGGUGUGUGGAAAAUUAAGAAUUCUUAUAAAUUCUAGUUUAUAAGAAUCUGCCCAGACCUUCAUGCUCAUCACAUUUAACUUGUGUCCUUUGCUGACCUUUACGUGUUUCCUGCACAUGUGCAUCUACAGAACUGGAUGCUUUAAAUUUUAAGGAUUUUCUUGAGGCACUUUAGAAAAUGGAAUGCCAUUUGUGUUUGGGUCUGCCAAAUGUUUCUGACAACUGACACAUAAGGUUUUCUUUUUACUCUAAUACAUUGUAAUACCUUGCCUCAAACAGGAAUGCCAGCUAAAUUCAUAAAGAGGUUUGAAUCUGGAAUUCCACAAAACUGGAAAAUGUAUGUUGAGGAUCUUCUUCGUUUUCUGAGGAGGUAAAUGCCACUGAAAAUAAUAUUUGUGCCAUAGAAAGCUGCUUUGUUCCAAGCCAGACCCCUGGUUUCUCUAGCUCAGUGCUGUGUCUGCUGGCUGGCCGUGCCUCUCCUGGGUUUCAAGAAAGGGCCCUGCCUGGGGAUGUCAUUGGCACAGCAGGUGCUCUGCCAAUACGUAUUUUGCAUGUGGCUUCCGACAACCUAUUCAAUCCCUUUUCUUGAUCCAGUUUCUUUACAGAGUGAUUCUGCUGCCAGUUGCCUAGGACUCUUCCAUGGGUUUGGGGUAGGGUGGGGGUUGUGUCUUUGCUCUGUGCAAAAGGGGAACAACAAGCUCUGGGUGUUUUGUGGGCAGCCAAGUCUGCUGCUUUAAGGCCUGAGGCAAACGGCUUCAGAAAGUAGCUGCUGCAGGUUAAUUGACGACGCCAGUGGUUUUUUUAAUGUUUCAUAGAGGUUUUGUAUCCACGAAAGGUCCUUCUUAAGAGAUUCAGUGAAUUAAUCCUUCUUUUCAACAAAACCUCUCAAUGCUAGGAAAGAACAGAGAGCCUUCGCUGCAAGCAUGGAUAGCAAUGAAAGGGAGGACCCUGUGGAGAUGGAGGGCUUAGAAGACAUGCCCAGAAAAGUUGGGAGAAAAUCUAGAACGAAAAACACCACUUAUGUGGCAACACUGCAAAGUAAUAACAAGCUCGGUAGGUGUUAUUCUUUUGUUAGGCCUCAGAUGACAUUAAAAGCCCAAUAGUUUUAUUGAUUGAUGGAUCAAUAAUAGUAUUCACUUGUUUUCCAGCAUGUAUUAUCAUAGCCGGGUCCCAUUCCCCCCCACCCCCAAUACUUGGUUAUCUAAAAACGGAGGCCUCCGCCUGUGGCUUGGAUCAGGGAUGGCCUUCCUUCAGUCUCUGCCUUCUUUCUUGCUGGAUUGUUGUCCCAGGGCCCACUAAGGGAUAGGAGACAUGCAACCAUUUGACUGUUCCAUAGGACAUCUUUGCCUAUUGACAUAACUGGCUAUGGAGUUGUUAUUUGAAGGAGGUUGCCCCUGGUCAGGCGUGUACAUUCCAUGGGUCUUUGAAGGAGAGAGAAAUGCCCGGGAGAGCGCUUCUUAAGCCAAGCAGAACGCACAGAUUGUUCAGAUGGUGGUUGCUAAAAGCGCAGAAAACCCUCUUUUUAUAUUGCCCUUUCUAAAUAAGCCCAGGGUAGCUUCUUUGCUUUCCCCACGGGUGCUGACUGAGUCAGCUGCUUGACACAGAAGCUGCCUUAAGCAAACGGGGGUCGAUUUGGAGCUGGAUCCAGUUCUGCAGCUCCACCGACUCAAGGGAAGAAAGCUGUUGUUGAAGGGAGCCUUUUUGUGUCUUGACAGGUGUGCAGCCACAAACAUCUCUGCAGAACGGCAGAACUGAUAGAAGUUGCACCCGCAGCGGCCGACAGGUUAAGCCACCUAUGCAGUUCUGGUGUGGGGAACGGAUGCUUGUCGAUCAGGCGCUGAAUGUCACUGUGACCAAAACAGGCACCAACUAUUUGACUCCUGUAAGAUUCCACUCUCCUCACAGUUAACCCUGUUCUGGAAUGACUGGAGACUAACAGUUUUCAUGCAGUAGGGUACUUCUGUGGCUUCUGGACUCUCGGCAGAUGGAGAGCGAUAAGCUUUGGAUUAUUAUUAAUUACAUUUGUGUACCACCCUUUGUGCAGGGACGUGGCUGGCACUGUGGGUUAAACCACAGAGCCUAGGACUUGCUGAUCAGAAGGUUGGCGGUUCAAAUCCCCGCGACGGGGUGAGCUCCCGUUGCUCGGUCCCUGCUCCUGCCAACCUAGCAGUUCGAAAGCACGUCAAAGUGCAAGUAGAUAAAUAGGUACCGCUCCGGAAGGAAGGUAAAUGGCGUUUCCAUGCGCUGCUCUGGUUCGCCAGAAGCGGCUUAGUCAUGCUGGCCACAUGACCCGGAAGCUGUACGCCGGCUCCCUCGGCCAAUAAAGCGAGAUGAGCGCUGCAACCCCAGAGUCGGUCACGACUGGACCUAAUGGUCAGGGGUCCCUUUACCUUUUACCACCCUUUGUCCGAAUAGUGCACGGUGGGUCACAGCGUGAAAAUACACACGAGAACACAAAAUACAGUGGUACCUCGGGUUAAGAACUUAAUUUGUUCCGGAGGUCUGUUCUUAACCUGAAACUGUUCUUAACCUGAGGUACCACACUUUAGCUAAUGGGGCCUAAUUUUCAACUGCAUAUUAUUUCAUCCAUAUUUUAUAUCUCUCCAUAUUGUCCAUAAUAUUUGUUACAUUACAAGGGUUAUUAGAAUCCUACUUGUGUUUUCGUCUGCUUACAGUGGUCUCCUAAAUAAAUUAUAAUUUCCCCCCAAUCUUUCUUGAAGUUUUUUUCUUCUUGGUUCCUGAGCCUUCCGGUCAGUUUUGCCAUCUCGGCAGAGUCCAACAGCUUAGUUUGCCAUUCUUCUCUGGUAGGGACUUAGUCUUCUUCCCAUCUCUGAGCUAGUCACAUCUGUGCCGCAGUCAUUGCAUACACUGCUUGGUUUUAAAAAGUCUCAGAGUGGUUUACAAAAGAUAAAACAGCAAAAUCAAGAAAAAAUUACAAUCCUGCUUUAAAACAUACAAAAGUUCAGAUAUUAAAACAGAUUAAAAUUACCUCUCUAUGCUCAACUUUACCACUACUUCUAAUGCUUUUUAGUAUUUUAACCUGAUAGUUUAUGAUCCAGAAAGACUUUCACAAAUAAAAUGCUGGGAAGUUGACAGUGUCUGGGUUUGGUGGUGGUGCAAGGGCCCUUUAGUGCAGGACACAAAUCCACUGGGAGAGCAGAUCUGCCUGAUCUUGCAUUCUCCCAAAGGCUUGUCAGGAUUCAUCCCUGACCUCAGACAGGGUUUCAGAGAUCUCUGAAGCUCAGGGUAAUGGAUGAGAUGCUGCUUUUGACAGCUUACUAUGUUUAUAUACAUUGUAUUGUCACAUUUUGUAUUGUACCUUGCAAUGUGGGGCCUGGGUUAUGUUUGUCUCUGCAAAGGAGAUAGUUUUUGGUAGUUUAUAUAUUAUUAUUAUUAUUAUUAUUAUUAUUAUUAUUUGUAUUCCACCCUAUAGCCGUAGAUCUCAGGGUGGUAGUAACACCUUCUGAUAUUCUUAUGUAUGUAUUUCUCUUUUGUAACAUGAAGAACUAUAUUAAAAAUGAGAUAAGAUCCUCUUGCUUCAAAAUAAGUUUGGUAAUGACCACAAACUUUGACUGGCUCCCAAGGUCAGUUUGAGAUCCUACAGCUCUAUGGGCACCCGCAAGGAAUAUAUAUUCGUAGUGGGAUUCUGGCUGUAUAUGUAAGGUCUUGUUCAGUCUUGCACAUGUGUCUUCCCCUGAUUAAAACGUUUGUAAUUGUGUAACUAGCUGUUCAUGGAAGGCAGCCUUAAUGCCUUCCUAACCUAACCCAGAUAAAGCAUCUGUUGCAUGUGGAGUCUUUGUCUGAAGAUUCGUGUCGCCCUUUGCUUACGUUCAUUGCCUUGUUUCUCAAGACAGUGAGCAGUGCACGUCGUCAGGGCAGGCACAACAUCACAUCCCACGUGGAAAACAAAGAGGAUUGUGAAGAAGUACCUCCAAGCCAAGCAAAAGGUAAAAAGAGUGCACCCUGUCCUUGAAUCAUAGAACUGUAGAGUUGGAAGGGACUCUGAGAGUAUCGAACCUCUGCUUACAAACCUCCAGCUUUGUCAACAUCCUUCUUAAAUUGUGGCUCCCACAACUGGACACAGAACCGCAGGUGUGGCCUGAGCAAGGCAAAAUAGAGCUAUGACUUCCCUUGAUCAGGACAUUAGACGUCUGAAGAUGAAGCUUAGAAUAGCCUUUUUUGCUGCUGCAUCACAGCAUUGACUCAUGCUAUGCUUGGGGUCUACUAAGACCUUGAGGCACAGAAGGUCAACAGUGAGUUGCUUCAAGCCUGGCAAAAUGUCGCUGGAGGAUGAAUUCUGCUCAUGCUCAGGGCCAAAUUUAGGAAGGUUUUUUGCUCAGGUCAGAUUGGCUAGUGCUUGGGGUGGGAAAUGUGUGCGUGUUUGUGUUUGUCUUCCUUGUAAAAUCUGGAUUGCCUCAAGCUGUUUGUAGGAGGCUGAGCUCUGAUGCUCUCCUGUGUGACAUCUCCGCAAUCUGCCUUUAAUUGCAGAUGGGCGGGCUGGACCUGAAAGCAUUUUGUUUAUCUCCCAACGCAGGGCAUGUGCCAAGGCAUUCUGUUCUUGAUCUGUUCUUCGCUGAUGGGAAGACAGUUGGACUGCCAGUUUUAUUUACAAAAUGAUUUCCAUCCAUCCUGUUACUGUUUCAGCUUUAUCAGUGUUGCCUCCAUUGCACUUCUGUCUUGCUCGUGGAGAGAAAUUCUGUUGCAUGAUGGGUGUCUCAUUUAGCUUCACUGUGCAAGAGUUUGGAUUAAGAUUUGAGGACCAUUUCCAAAUCAGAGAUUCUAUGAGUCUAUUGAGAAUCUUUGUUUUGUUUUGCUUUCCCUAGGAAGAACAAGACCUGAAACCACCAGACAAACUGAGCCUGCCAAGAAGCAAAAUGCCUGGCGCUUUAUUUCUGACUCUGAAGAAAGCGACUAUGAAGCCACGAUCGCUGAUGCUCGCAAGAAGAAGGCUGUUGUUACCCUGACGCCACUGAACUAUAAAAAGCUGCAUGAAAAGGCCUCCAGAAAAAGCAGCCAGCCCAGGAGGAAACAAAAUGUGCCAGCGCAGGGAGCGAAAGCAAAUUGCUACCAAAGAUGUUUAGCCGAAAGCUCCAUGCCAAGCGAAGAUGAAUCUGGCGAAGAAAUGCAGUGUAUCCGGAGGAAGGUCCAGCCCACUCUCAAAAGAGGGCCAUCCAACAGACAGCAAAGUGAGACGAGGAAGCAGCUGCUGGAGCCAAGAGGGUCAGAGUCUCCUCCAGCCCAUUCUCAAAGCAGAAAGUUGAGGGCUGCUCAACCCUCUGGGAAGCAAAACAAGUUGGAAGAGCCAGUUUCUCCAGACUUGGCUAGCAGUACUCAGGGGUCACUCAGAAGGAUUGCAAAGUUCAGGAAGUACAGCCCUGAAUCCGAGUCCGAAAGUGAAACGAGUGUUAAAGAGUUUCAAGUGAAAAGGAAAAACUUAAAGGCCCAAAGAGCCAACAGUGAAUUUUCUAAUACUGCCAAGUCCUUGGCUUUCCCCAGAAAGACACCUGGGAAGAAGCUGUUAGGGAAGGGUGGGGAUUCUUUCCCAGAUGUUAAUGAAGAUUGGACUGAAAAGGAACUGCAGAAACUACACAGGUAAGUGGUGGUGUUUGGUAAGAAUUAAGCUCCCCCACCCCCAGAGCUAUGAGAUGAAAGCUCUUCCCAGUUCCGGUUUCGGCUGCUCCUCCAGUGCAAGAUUAGUGAAGCCUGCAGAUCCCUAAUUUCCGUAACUAACAAAGUCAUUUCCAAACCUUCCUGCACUCAUCCUCUCGGUGCUCAUCAUGUGCUGUGCUCACUUCACUCCUGCCCCUCCAUCCUCGCCUCUCCCUGGAAAUGCCUACCUUUUCUCCUUUCCUGUCUGAUGCGUCUGAUGUCGGCUUGCAAGGCCUCCUUUAGGAAUUGAAACAGGAGUCAAAGAGCAAUGGUGGGCUUGAGCUUCACUGGCUCUUCUGUGUUUUGCAGGGCUUUGGCUUCUUUGCCCAAACACAAGAGCGACUUCUGGCUGCUUGUGUCAACGGCUGUGGGGACACGAUCUGUUGAAGAAUGCCAGCAAAGGUACAUGGGAGAGCAGGAAAGCCACAAGCAGGCCCCAAAGAGGACCACCAAGCGGAGAAAGGAAGAAAGAGGUACAGGACGGGCCUUGUGCCUGUCUUCCGGGCUCCGGGAGCAGAUGCAGAGGCCAGCAGAAGCCCCCUGCAAGAGCCAGCAAUUGUCUGCUCCCCUCUCCCGCUUGCUUGUUCUUGUGGGGAUGUAGGAGGGGCACCGGAAGUGGCUUAAUAGGAGAAAGGACUAAUUUUUGAGUCGGAGGUGCGCUUCGAACACAUCAGGAAGGGGCAGGCGUAAGGAGAAGAAAAGAGCCAGGGUGGCGACAGUAGGUCAGAGUGUUUGCCUGUUUAUACCUGUUGAGAGAGAGAGAGAGUUCUAUCUGUCUGUGAAUUCUGCCUUUAAAGUGGUAUGUAAAACCCACAUUCUGGGCCAAGGGGCAGAACUCCAGCUCAAUACAUAACUCACAGCUAUGUUUUUAGGCUGCAGUUCAAAUAGAGGGUGGAGAUAUAACUCCACAGUGGAAACCUGAGGUUCAGAGGGGUGGCGGGAAUGUUCUGAGGUGGGUCCUUGCCCCUGCCCAGCUGACAGCUCUGUUUGUGUGUCGUCCUUGUUGGCAGAGGAGGGGGCGAAGCAGCCAUUGGCCGUUGUUGCGAAAGUGGGAACACUAAAAAGAAAGCAGCAGAUGCGGGACUUCCUGGAACAGAUGCCGAAGGACAACCACGACGACAUCUUCGCUACAACCCCUUUUCAGAACAGGAGCACAAAGGUAACUCUUGCACCUUUUAUCCCAAGCAAUAAAAAGUGCUCCUGGGUGCAAUCUGUUAUGCAGGUCCAUAAAUUUACUGCCCACCCCCUCAUCAUGUUGAAGGCUCCCUGCUCUCUUUCCAUGCUCAGGAGCUGGGAAAGGGUCCAUCCCUGGGCUCCUGCUGGGCUUCAGAGAUGCUCCAGAGCUCAGUGUGAUGUCUGGAUAGACCUUGUCUCUCCAGGCAAGGUUUGAUUAGGACUACAAAUUUUGGUUGGCUUCUGAAAUCAAUCCAAGUUUUGUGGAGUCCUGCAAAGGCUAUAGAUUCUCCCAAGGGACUUAUGGGUAUCAAAUGAAGCACACUUACGUGUUCCUCUUUUCCUCAGGCCUUUUGAGCCCUUCGUCUCCUUUCCCCUCACUCCACGGUGUACCUGCUUUGUCCCCUUGGGGUUUUAGCAUCAGUCUGGACUCUCUUUCCGUAGUUCUCUGGUCAUCAGUCUGCCCGUGCCACUAUUGCUGUCGGCAUGGCUUGUGUGGGGUUGUAACGCCAGCAUCCUCUCCCAGAGCUGAACUGUCAGCCACCGCCCAAACAUUUGUUGUCGGUAGAGAGCACAGUAGGUGACAAAUGAGGAGCUGAGUUGCGUUAGGAAGAGUCUUCCAGCGCCCGCCAGGCCUUGUCUUAUGGGGGCCGUAACAAAGAUGUGAUCUGUAGUUACCACAGUUUCGUACCGUCCCAGAGGAAGAUGUCUUCCAGUUGAAAGACAGCCACCCCAUCACACCCUCUUCGGCCAUCUUUCCGUUGGUGAAGACCCCUCAGUGUGAGCACAUCAGCCCUGGCAUGCUGGAAUCCCUGGACAGGUGUGUACUACAGGUGGCUUCUCAUAAGAUAAGGGCGUGAAGCAAUUCCCUGCUACGGCCAGCUUGGAAGAGCACCCCCACCCAACUCCAAGAUUCCAGUUUCCUCAAGAUUCCUAGCCAGGGGUCUAACAUCCAAGCAUGCAUGUGCCGCUCGUAUAGCAGAGUUUGACCAGAUGGACAUAUAAAUUGGAAUUGAACUGGGCGUGUGGCAGGGGGUGGGGGAAAGGCAAGCAACAAGAGAUUUCCACUGUGCUGGAAAGUGCUGUUGGCAGUGAGUGAGGGGCUUAUGGGAUGGUGAGCCAGGGGUUUUAAGAAGUGGCUGCUAGACGGGAGCAUAGUAAACCCACAAUUUACACACGGUUUACUUACGCAAUUGCAGCUUUGGGGAGGGGGAACAAUAGGAAGGGCUCCCUGAGGUCUCACACAACCUUCCCACAGCCCAUCAAGCAAGGCAGGGGGCUCUGAAAUCUUUCUGCACUGGGUUUUCCUGCUGCAGAAAGAGCUUUUAGGUCCUCUUCCAUGCAAGGAAAGAUGAGAGAGGCUCUUGUGAGAUCUCCCAGACACCUUACACAAAUUUCCCAGAGCCCGGUAAGGCAUUUGGCAGUUACUGGGGUCUUCCAUUCUGUGAUUUUGCCUUUGCGUGUGAAACCCCAGAACCUAACCCUCGCAUAGUUUUAAACCCAAAGCCAGGUUUGGGAUGGGGAGUGUCUUAAGGCAGCAAGAGAGCACUGCUGCCCCCAUGGCCCUGCCUUCUCUUUCUAGCCAGGCUUCCUCUUAAGUAGCAAAAAUGAACACUUGCUGUCCUGCAGCUGCUUCUUAGGCUUGCUUUCCCUUCUGGAGCUGGCAGAUCUUAAUCACCUCUCCAGACUAGGGCAGAUUCUAGCUGCCUAAACACUCUAGGAUGGUUAUUAAAACUCAGUGAGACAGAUUCUAAAAAGCUUUUUACAUUGCCUGCCUAUAUGCUUUGGAGCUUAAUUCAGGGUGCUGGUGUUGACCUAUAUAAAGGCUUAUAAGACUUGGGACCCAAAUAACUGAAGGAGCAACUCCCUUCAUCAGGCUGCCCAUGUCUUCAGGUGGUGAUGAUGGGGCUCCUCGCUGUUCCACCACUGGGAGGUGUCUGUUAGGCGGUGAUGUGGGAAAGGGCGUUCUUUGUGUUGGUGGAGUCCUGUCUUGGAGAAAGCUGUCCUUCUGGAAGCAUUGGUGCUUUUCUCCUUUGGGUGCUGGGUAAAAACCCAUUUGCUUGUUCGGUCCUUUGCAGGGCAGUGUUGAAGCAACCCGCUUUUUAAAGAUUCGCACUGUAUUUUGGAUUUCUGCCCCCCACUACUUUCUUUUGUAAACUGAUUUAUGUUGCUAUUGUUUUAGGGUUUAUUUUGUAUCCUGCCCUGAGAUCUUGUGGCGAAGGGCAGGUUAGAAACUCACUGGACAAAUCGUUUUGUGUUCUAGGAACUACGAAAAGCGUGUGUUCCAUCUGCAAAGGAACAUCAAAGGCAAGGAGCGCACAUGGCACAACGUGAAGAAGAAACAGGUACGAUUCCACUUGAGCAAAACACGCCAAGCUCCAUUAAGAGCGAAAGGCAAAGGCAAUAUUCCCAAAACUCACCAGAGCAAGCCCCUCGCCCUUGCUGUCUUAUUUUAUGUAUUGAUUACGUUUAUAUACCGCCCGUCAUACUGAUAUGAUGUCAACACUCCCUUAUUACAGUAAUGGGAUAAAGAGAAGGAACUCCAUGGAAGUGCUCCUUCGCCCUGUUCACUGGGCACUCUUGUGGUUCUGCUUGACAGAUCCGGUGAACUCCUGGUGUGGGGAGAACUCACCACUGCCUGUCUUUAAGCUCCACCAAUUUUCUGCCAAUAACAAGCACAGAAAAGGAGUGAACAUGUCAAAGGCUGCUCAGCUCUCUGAAAAUGCCCUGCUCUGUCCUAUUGCGGGCUUUAUGGUCACUUAAUCCAAACCUCGUUUGGGCCCCUUGCUUGCUCUGAGGCAUGGGUAGGCAAACUAAGGCCCGGGGACCGGAUUUGGCCCAAUCGCCCUCUAAAUCUGGCCUGCGGACGGUCUGGGAAUCAGCGUGUUUUUACAUGAGUAGAAUGUGUCCUUUUAUUUAAAAUGCAUCUCUGGGUUAUUUGUGGGGCACAGGAAUUCGUUCAUUCCCCCCCAAAAAAUAUAUAUAGUCUGGCCCCCCACAAGGUCUGAGGGACAGUGGACUGGCCCCCUGCUGACAAAGUUUGCUGGCCCCUGCUCUGAGCACUCUGGUGUUUCCGAGCCUCUCUGUGAAGCCUCAGUCUACAGGAAGUAAUGUUUCCUCUGUUUCCACAGGCUGGGACCGUGUUCACCACUCCCAACUCUCGAAGAACGACCGUCUUUGCCUUUGAUGAGCAUGUCAAAGGUGAGCAUAACUGUUGCUUGCUCUGGGCUGUUUGGGGCAGGUCUCUAGAAAGAAGAGUCUGGCGUUUGGGGGGCCCUUGGCUAUCUGUGUGCUGGCCCUAAGGGAGCAACCAGAGAAGCCCAUGGCAGACAGAUGGGGGAAGUGGAUUAUGCUGUUCUGUGGAUCGCAAGGCCCUUCUCCCGUUUUCAUUAUCAGCUGUAGGAAGGGAGUUGCACUGGCUUCAUGUGGAAAGGUUUUCCCAUUUGAGAGGUACCAAUAGGGAAGCGGAGAGAAGGGGCAGGAAGCAGGGCCUAUGAGUCUCUCGCUGAACCUGCUAGUGCCUAAAUACUGUACCGAGGCACCAAUUUCCUGCUGCUGUCCUAUUUCUGAGUGCAUUGCCUUAGACCAAGUAAAUUCCCAAUUGUAAACAAAGAACACAUUUAGAUGCUGAAGUCUGUAACUUGCCCUUGGAUACAUUUAUAUGAAUAUUGCUUGCAGCAAAAUUAGAGGCUCCUAUUCUUGUGGAUUCACAGCCUUGAAAAGGCACCUUCCAUGUCAGUUGAUUUGGAGUAGUCUCUCCUUUCACUGCCUGGAACUUCUUCUCCGUCCAAUAUCAGUCAGUCUCUUCAUGAGCUGGCAGAAAGGUUCCACCUUGAAACAGAAUCUCGUUGGAGCCCAUCCUGCCUCUAACACAGGCGUGGCUAACCUUGGAUCCUCCGGAUGUUUUAGACUACGAUCUGUCAUCAGGGGCAGCUGGGGAGGGAUACUAUAGAUUAGCCACUCCUGCUCUAAUGGGAUCCUUCUGGUAACUCAGGUUUUCUCCUCCUGCUCUAGACACCUUGGCUCCAGCUGGGGCGGGGCACCUCUUCCAAGAGGAUGAAGAGAUGCUAUCCGAUGAAGAAGAGGACUUGUAUUUUUCCACGUAG